UAUCACGGCUCCUUUCUAUAAAACCAAAGGGUUAAGACAAACAAUAUCUCUUGUGCCUUAUUGGUUACAUUACAUUAUUUCUUAUAUUGAAAAGUUUAAAUUUUGCAUAUGUUCCUCGUACUUUUUGCUGCUUUAUUUUUCAAGUUAUUAUUAUGUUACAUAACCUCUUCUGAAAUAGCCGUAGUUUUAAAAACCGGUGCAGACCGGUCCAACCGAGAACCAAUGAUAGGUCCGGCUCAAUCCAAGUGUUGGGUUGGUUAUGUUAUGGAGGAAAUUGCUAUACAGGCUCGUCAUUUUGCUCGAAGAAAGGCCUAUUGAAAAGUAGAAUCUCUAUAGGUUUUAGUGGAAAAAAAGCUGAUCGGAAGGUGUGUUCCGAUUAUAUAUGGGGGUUUUUUGCAAGAUUAUGGGUGAGCUUUUUGCAAGAUUGUGGGGGUCUAAUUGAGCCUCUCUUUGUUUUUUAACUGGCGCAAACCAAUAUGUAGAGACCGAAUCACUUGGUCAGUAGAUGGCAGUUCGAUAAGUGGCUCGGUACCCUUACUGAAACUAUCAUCGAGUCAGUUUUUAAAAUGCCUAUUUCGCUGAUAUAUGUAUCUAUGCUCCCCCUGACCAUGACCAUAAGAAAACCAACACAUGCUCAUAUUCUGUGUUUAAGCAAUUUUUAACAUCUAACGAACUUUUUUAUAAGCUUAAAAUAAAUCUAUAAAUAUUAGCGAGUUUUUACAUUACAUUUGGUUAAAAUCUAACAAUCCAGUUUAUUAGGUCACUAUUGUAAUUUCAAGGAGGACAGAGUCAAAUUAGAUAACCCGCAAUGUUUAGUUAUUCUAAGACAAGAGAUUGAAUGAAACAAGCUUUGUGGUUGUCCUACUUGUGAAAAUUUCUCAUAAUAGUAAUGGUAGAAAAACGCCAAAAACGGUUGCUACUUGUUGUACAAGGAACAUUGGAUAUUUAGUUAUUUACUAUUAUUUUGUUUUGAUUUUUGAACACCAAAAGCAAAGUAAACGAAUCAAACACAUUGGAUAUUUACUAUUACUUUUUCUACUUAUUAUUAUUUUGCAAAAGGGAAAGAGAAGAAAUAUGUUUUUGGUUUUGAAUUUAAAGUUUGGUUUGGGUCUAUUGAAAGAACAUCAAGAGUUUUGGUGCAAAGAGAGGAAUGUCGUUACCAAAGAAGAAGGAUGGUGUAAAUGGAUUAAUAGCAGUGGCAGUAAACAACGAAAAGGAGAGCCACCGUGCAUUCAAAUGGGCUAUUGAUAAUCUCCUCACAAGAAAUGCAAAUGUGAUUCUCAUCCAUGUUAAAAUUCUGCCACCAGAUGCAGAGAUAAAUGCUAAUGACAAUGACGAUGACAGUUUAUUAAUAUGUAAAGAACCAGAUGCAGAUGCUCUAUACAUGUUCCUCCCAUAUUGCGUCUUUUGUACACGCAAAUAUAUACAAUGCAAGAGGGUACUACUAGAAGAUGCAGAUGUAUCAAAGGCAUUGAUUGAAUAUGCUUCUCAAGUAGGAAUUGAGCAUCUGAUUCUUGGCUCUUCAGCAAAAACUAGUUUGCACAAAAUAUUCAAGGCAACAGAUAUUUCUGGAACGGUGUCAAAAGGGGCACCAGAUUUCUGUACAGUCUAUGUCAUUGGCAAUGGAAAGAUUCAAUCAAUGCGACCUGCUUCUAGUUCUGUUCCAAAAAUUUCCCCUCUACAAGCCAAUUAAACUACUAUCAAUAGACCAAUUAGACACAAAUCUAGUUCUAUUAUGUGUAAUAUCAAAAUGUUUAUUGCUCACAAAGAAAUGUGAUUUAUUUUAGAACAAGAAAGGUAUUCUUUUGAUGUCGAUGCACCAGGUAGAUCCUGGGAUGGAAUAUAUCCAUUCGGGUUAAGGUCACCAUUGGCAUUCACUGGGACAGGUUACAAUACUAGAUAGAAUCGCAUCAGAAAGGAGUAUCUAGAAAGUGCAUCAGGUCAAGAACAUGUGUCAACAAGUCAACCUGCUUCACAAACGGAAUUUGUGACAAAGGAGGCAUUCUCCGAACUUGUCGAAGUGAUCAAGAAGAAACAUGAGAAGGAAGAAGCAGAUAGAGCAAAGAUGCAGCAAGUCUUGGACACCAUCUUGGCCAAAAUUCUAAACCCCCAGGAGUGUUAAAACCUUAGAAUUUUCUUGAAGUUUUCUUUUUUUUAUUUUGCUGGUUUGUGUGACAUUUUUUAAGUAAUCUAUUUUUUGUUGUGUUUAAUAAAAAAAUUACAUAGUAAUGUUGUAUCUCCUAGGUCUAUGGAUGUAGUUUUUAGAAGGAUUGGUUUUGUCAUCCAAAAAGGAUUAGCAGCGCAGGUUGUUGCCCGCUUAUCUUUCAUUCCUAUGUAAUUUUCUAUGAUUAAAUAUUUA